UUGUAAUUACGGCCCUGGAGAAGGAAAGCUGACCGGUUUUCCAGCAGGAAUCCAGCGCUUUCAGGGCAAGAGCUCAGACUGUUCCAGUCAGCUCAUUUGAGAAGAUUUAAAACAAAACAACAACCCCCAGCCUAACAAACAGCGCCUUUCUAAAUCUGCUUAGGGAGAUAUUUUCUUUUCACGGCCAGCUUUGCUCUGCAGCUUCCCAGCGCUUUCCCGAUCCUCAGCUCCCCCCCUCUGCUCCUCACUUUUCUUAAUUGGAAGGCAAAACAAUUACGGCCGCGGGAAGGAAAAUCCGAGCUUUGAGGAGCUUUUCCCGGCUCCUUCCCAUCGGGCACGCUCUCCCAGGCUGGGUCCCCCGGCUAAUUGCUCAGGAAAUCCGCGCUGCUCAUUGUCGGGCUGUCCUUAAGCUGCUAAUUCCGAACUGGGAGAGGCUCUGGAAGGGAAUCCAUGGAUAGAGCCCCGCGAGAGGGACCCAGCGGAGACCCGGGGCGGGGCGGGCUCCGGCGCUAAUAACACAUCCCUGUCCAAUGGAAAGCGUUUCCUAUGGAGACCCCCAGGAGUUCCCCCUGCCCACAGCCCCUGCCCAGACAUUGGGCCCAUUCUUGCGUCCCGUUUUCCCAAGACACGAUGGCAGCAGCGCUCGGCAGCCCCGAUCCCGCUUGGAACAAAGGCCGGGCAGCUGCCACCCAGCGCGGAGUUUGAGGAUGAGCGGCUGAACUUGGACAAAGUGGGAUUUUCCGCGUGGGAAUAACGCGGCUCGUGUCCCAGGGACACAAAGGAUCGCUGCGGGCUGUCAGGGAGGGAUCCCCUGGAAGCACCGAGCCGCGGGAAUGGUGGCGAUCCCGGAUGAAAGGAUCCAUGAGGAAGAUGCGGUAGGAAGGAGUCCAGCCACCUCCCUAGAAUGUGUUCCUUCGGGAAGGGGCGAGCUCCCUGCCUUAUUUUAUGGAUGUCACUGAAGUAGACUUUGAAGGCCUUUGGAAACCCAUCCCAGACUUGGCAUGGGAAACCACAGCAACAACCAUACCUGCCUGACAGAUGAUUCCUUCAAGUACAACCUGUACGGAGCCGUGUACAGUGUGGUCUUCAUCCUUGGCUUGAUCACAAACUGUGCCUCCCUCUUUGUUUUCCUCUUCCGGAUGAAGAUGCGGAGCGAGACGGCCAUUUUCAUGACCAACCUGGCAGUUUCAGACUUGCUUUUUGUGUUCACUUUGCCCUUUAAGAUUUUUUACAACUUCAACAGGCACUGGCCCUUCGGGGACAGCCUGUGCAAGAUCUCGGGCACGGCGUUCCUCACCAACAUCUACGGGAGCAUGCUGUUCCUCACGUGCAUCAGCGUGGAUCGCUUCCUGGCCAUCGUGUAUCCCUUCCGCUCCCGCACCAUCCGCACCAGGAGGAAUUCUGCCAUCGUCUGUGCCGGCGUUUGGAUCCUGGUCCUCAGCGGCGGAAUUUCAGCCUCGCUGUUCUCCACGACCAACGUGUCCAACACCAGCACCACUUGUUUCGAAGGGUUCUCCAAAAGGAUCUGGAAAACCUACCUGUCCAAGAUCACCAUAUUUAUUGAGGUGGUGGGAUUCAUCAUCCCUCUGCUGCUCAACCUCACGUGCUCCUCGCUGGUUCUCCGGACUUUACGGAAGCCGGCCACCCUGUCCCAGAUUGGGACGAACAAGGAGAAAGUGCUGAAGAUGAUCAUUGUGCACGUGGCCAUUUUCGUUGUGUGCUUUGUCCCCUACAAUUCCAUCCUGUUCCUGUACGCGCUCGUACGCUCCCAGGCCAUCGCCAACUGCUCCCUGGAGAGGUUUGCCAGGACCAUGUAUCCCAUCACGUUGUGCAUCGCCACCCUCAACUGCUGCUUUGACCCCUUCAUCUACUACUUCACCUCUGAGUCCUUCCAGAAGUCCUUCAACAUCAAAACCCAGAUCAAAAUGGAUUCUCUUUUCAAGACGGAGAUGCCGCUCACAAAGACGGCGCUGCCGGCGCCACAGGAUGAGAUCAGUGAUCAGGCCAUCACCAACGGAGGAGAUCCCACAUCUGAAUCCCAUUUCUAGGGAGAUGUUUACACAGGGAGUUAUCCCCCAUUAACUCCUGAUUAACACCACGUGGCAAAGAGCUGUUCCAGAAAACGGGGGUUCACACGUGGGGUUAAUGAAGAAAAGCUGCUGGGGGAUGGCAGAUCCUCACACUGGGAUGGUCCCAUCAUAUUCCACAGGUGAACACAAAAUAUCAAAAUCCCAAUGGAUCUCCCUUUGGAGAUUAUGGGUAGGCAACAACACAUGCAUCAGCUCAGGAGGGAACAGAACAACUUCUUUAACCAGAAGAUGCCAACAUUUGGCAUUUUUCCCCCUCAGCAGUUGACAUGGGACCAGUUGGGAAAUAGAAAGUGUCAUUUUCUUAGAGAUUCCUGCCUUCUGGAGAUGCAUCCUCAUCCUCAUAUGUUAACUCAGUAACUUCCCACAAUAUGUAUGUUUGCUUUCAAAGGCAUAAUAAAAGCUUGUGGCUUUCCCUUACUCCACUGCCAGAGUGUAGAGCCUGGUUUUCCUAGACUGGAAUUUAUGGACAUGUUUGAAGUGUAAAUAACUGUUUAGCAAUUAGGCAGAAGAGUUGCUUGGUGAUGAAAAAGAUAAUAAGAAAAAAAGAUAAUUAAUACUACAGUUUUGAAAUCUGAAGUUUCAUUUUUAUCAGAUUAAGCUGUCGUUUAAUUUAUUUGAUUAUUUUUAAUGCCACGUCUGGGGAGGAGUAAAGAGCUCAUUAAUGAUCUGUUGCACCUGGGCUUUUAUAUCCCAGGGAAUUAUAUGACUAUUUCUGGGAAGGGCUGGGCUGUAAAGUCAGCUGGAGAAGGGCCUGAAACCCCAGAGUUCUUCCAAGGGCAGAGCUCCCAUAUGGAACUGAGGCAGCUGAAGGCCCAGGAGUGCUGAUCCCACUGAAAUACGGACAAGUGGUGUCAGAGCACCCAAUUAGGGGAUGAUCUGUGAUUGUUUAAUGGGCUUUUAGGGCCUCAUAGUAACUCAAAAACCAAUUUUCUGCACUCUUUUCUUAGCUGGUUACAGCAAUAUUGUCUUGUUUUCCAAUUAAUUUAUUACCUUUCCUUUUAGAGAUUACAGAAAUAUAUGGAAAAUUAAUUAUUUGUAUGUGUUGCAUUUUACCACCUGGUUCCUUUCUCCAGCUCUUGGCUCAUGUCUGAAGCUCUACAGCCCUUCCCAGGCUGGGUCAUUCUUAAGUGUAAGACACAGAAAUGAGGAGAACAAUUUAAUUUGAAAAAAAAUAUCAAGUUACGAGUUGUUAGCUCAGCAAUCUACAUUUCCACGGUAAAGCUACUUCUAGGACUGUAUUGCCAAAAAAAGAGACAAAUUAUUAAUUGAACAGAUGUUUUCCACUCAUUUUCUAUUUUAAGUCUCUCUGAUGAAGCCUCGUGAGAUACGAGAGCAACACCUCAAAUGUGAUCAUUUAAAGCAACAGAGGUUUAAGUGUGAGAAGAAUUCAGCUGUAAAAUGUUAAUGCUUCCAAGGGAAUAUUUAUUUAGCACUGCAUUCACUUUGAAUAAAGAAGUCAGUGGCUUACCAAG